AUGGGACGGUCAACGGAAUUUGUCACCGGUCACCACGACAGAGUCACAGUUCUCCACACAAAUUUCAACGGCACACGCAUUCUCACAGCUUCAAUCGACCAUCGGAUCAAAGUAUGGCAGCGCGACCCCAAGACUGGGGAGCGCACACUCAUAGACACAUUUACGGCACAUGACGCCGAUAUACGCGAUGCCAAAUUCCUUCACCCAACUCUAGGCUCUCAUAUAGCCAGCAUAGGCAACGACCUCAAAUUCCAUCUCUGGAGCGAAGAUGUCUCUCAAGCUCCCAACUCAGGCCGUCGUUUUCGUCGUACAUCGACAGUCCCUUCGACUCCACGCGUUCCCUUCGUGUCCAUGGACCUCAAGACCAUCGACAAUAUCUACACUACUUUGGCUCUGAUCGACCGCCAAGGCCUCCUGAGCAUCUAUGAACCCACCAGCCCGGACGACCUCAAGGACUGGACACUAGUCGACACGUUCAAUGUAUGCGGGUCUUCGCCACCAGCGCGUGGCGACGAAACUAGCUUCAAAGUCCGCUUCGAUCCAAAUCCGACCCCUCUCGCAUACAUGAACAGCCUCUCCGACGACCGCAGCCAAUUGAGUCUCGUGGUCAGUGUUCUCAAUGAGUUCAAAAUCUACCGCUCCGUCGUGCCCAGCGGGGACUCAUCUUCAAUUAGCGGUGCCAACGACGGUGCCAGCCACCGAGUAAUGUUUUUCGAAGCGGCGCGGUCAAGGCGACACCCGAGCCUCAUCCGCGAUGUGGCUUGGGCACCAUUCAGCGUCCGAGGAACCGACAGGAUCGUGACCGCAUGUAAAGAUGGCACGGUCCGCAUCUUUGAAUUGUCUGUCACGCAAGCGCCCGAUCGGAGCCUGACCGCGGCAGCCACAACCACAAACACCGCGACAGACGUUGCGGCACAAGGUCCUGUGCAGAAUGCGUCUACGCGACGACAGCAGCAACAGCUUCUGCAGCAGCAGCAGCAGCAGCAGCAGCAGCAACAACAACAACAACAGCAACAGCAAUAUCACCAGUCAAGUCUGACGACCGGACUGACCGGUCGAAACCCCGGCGCCAGUACAUCUGCAUUAGCCCCCUCUUCGGCGUCGAUCGCAUCAUGGGCAGCAAGAACAGGGCACGCUUUCCCUUUCCAGACCAACGUUCAGUCUUCGACUGCGCUGGACGACGCGCACACCGACGCUUGGUCCGUAUCAUUCGACGGACAAGGCCAGGUCUUGAUGAGUAGCGGAUCCGAUGGCAUCACGAAAUUCUGGAGGAAGAGCGUCCAGGACGGAAGGUGGUUGGUGUUUGCGGGACAAGAGGUUCUUGAAACGGACGCAGACACGGAAGGUGAUGACACGGACGACGGCCACGACGACGAUACCGACUGA